UUUUACUGAAAGGAAACUGAGAGUUCGCUUGUCCUGAUUUCUCAGAUUUCAACAGCCACAGCGCAUAAAAUUGCGGUUGUAACUGCAAUUCUUUGGACGCAACAGAAGGAAGGGACCUUGGACCAGAUUUUGUCGGUCGCCGAAACCUUGAGAGUUCUUGCUCGCCACUGAGUAACCCUAGGGUGCGGGAUUCCUUGUAAGGAGGAACAUUACGGAACGUCUCGAGCAAGACGUUCCAGGCACUGGGCUCUCCACCUCAAGGUUACACGUAGCCCGCCGUUCAGCCAGACACUGCCUCCGCACUGUGCGCGGGUAGACUGUCUUGCUCACGAUCCGAAAAUAGAUCCAAGCGAGACAUGUUUGAGGAUGUGAUUCAGAACACGGAUGAAAUAAGAUUUUCCAACGAAGAACGAAGAGCCCCCCCCCGGCAUCCCGAAUCCAGUGACUUCCGCGUAUGCUCCACACGACGCAACAAUAGAGAGUGUGCCAAUCCGAGCAGUCACGAACGAUUUACGGGUCAUCAGCGCGUGCAGUGUCAACAGUCUGACUGCCAGGCUACGCCUAUAUAAGCCUGGAUGUGACUCGUUCGAUUUCAGAACCUAGCUAGGCCCGAGCCAAAACAAGAGCAGAAGGGUACAGGGACUGGAACCCUUUUUUGCGGCUGGAACUCAACUCGUAUGCAAACUGCUGAGGUGCGAAUCAACCCUGCAAGAAACGUCGACAUCCAACAAACCAUGGAUCAUUUGGGACUCACGCGAUUCAACACAAGACUCAGAAUUCCGCUCCGUCACAAGAAAAGGAGGCAGGUGACACAAACAGCUCCAGACCCAACAAACGAGCCGCCCCCUUCCUACAGCGAAUGCUCCGCCUUCUUCUAUGCGCCCCCUUCGUACGAGGAGAUCUUCAACGAGUCGGUCACGGCCCUCGUCGCGAGGCCUGAGCGGCGGCGCAGCAUUAACCGGAUGAGCUGGGGCAGCGACACCUCGACGUCAUCGUUGGAAUCGUCCUCCUCCGCCCACUCUGCCUCCUCGACGUCGGCUCCGCCCUCCUCCUUCUCGACAGCAGCCAGCACCUCCUCCUCUUCCUCCCGCGUAGUGCCCACGGCCCCGCCCCUGUCGCCGCCGGCAACCUCUUCAACGCUGUCGCUGUGGUUGUCGUCAGUGUCACCCUCGACCUCAAGGAAUGUCGAGAACCUGUCCCGACACACACACAGGUGUGCGAGUUCAGAUCCCAUUAUUAGCUCGUCAUCCUCGUCAGCGUCUGACGUCAUUUCCAGAUUGCAGCCGCGCCUGCGCAGUUGGACGCAGUGCGUAAGAUGGGUGAUUCAGUACACGUUGGAGGGAAAUUUCAAGUCCACAGUGGCGCACUUCCUAUGCCUUGUGAACGAAGGUCUGCGUGUCUGCCGGCAGCACGCGGCCGACACCGAGGCCUACCCGAUCCGACUAUCGUCCCUCGCCGUGGCCAGACCCACCGCCCUGAGCCUGAGGACCUGGAUCGAGUUCAUCCUCUGCGUGGGGUUCAAGUUCUCGCAAGGUCACGUCAACAGCUACAACAACAACUACAACAAUAACAUCAACCACAACAACCGUGGCGAAAAUGACGACGACGACCAUCCGCAAAACUUCCUGGCCUACAUCUUAGCGAAUACAAACAACAGCAACGGCAACAUUGGAGACGAGUUGGAGGACUUGUGCGUGAUAGUCCCGCGAGGUUUUGCCCCGAGACAACUGCUGAAACACCGCGAUGUUCUGACCGGCUUACUCGAGCUUCCUUACACGGCCAUCAAGACUGCGGCCAACAUGUCUAGGACGGAGACAGAGCGAAUUAUUGCACUUUUGACCCCACUCACCCGGUCUUCUCCCGACACGUCUUCGGUGGACCACGCCCCCUCCUGGCACCACGCCCUGUCCUUAGACCACGCCCUCGUCCGGUCUGUGUGGGAUGUCCACCGGCGCCCGGGCUUCUUCCUACAUUCGCUGGACUUCAUCGUGUCCCGAGGUGGAGAGGGCGGGAAGUGCUUGACGGUCCCGACCGGCGAGGUGGCUAGACGACGCCUGCUACUGGCCAAGGACAUCUUGGAAAUGUUCUUGCGGAACUGAUUGUAAAGGGGAAAAUGGGGGAUUUUCUGACUAUUUUUACGGGGGAACAGUCUGACAGGCUACAUAUUGAAGGGUGAACAGACAUGUAUAUACUGCUCUUAUCUUAUCUUAUCCCAUCUUAUCAGACAAGACAGAUUUUUUAGUGCAAAUAUUGGGGUCCUAUGUGGACUAAAAAUGACUACCCCAAGAGGGCGUUAGUAAUGCGGAAACUCAAGUUGAGUAGUUUUUUUUUCAUAUUUAACUUAAAGCCACAAUCUCUAAUAUUGUUACUGAGUUUUUAAGUCUGCUCCGAGGAAAUAAAAAAUUGUUUUAUACAUGUAAUUACUUCUUAAAUGAUCACAGAAUCGCUGUGCUGGAAUAUUUUCAUACAUUAAUGCAAUGAAUAUUUAUGUUAGAACUGUAGUAUUUUUGUUCACAGUAUGCAAUUUACGAUUUCAAAAUAUUUAUUGAAAAUAAACAGCUUUAAAAAGCAGUG